AGAAACGGCCGAGAGCUACUCUCCCUCCCCUGCUUUACUUUCCGCCUCCGACUGCCCGGAGGCUGUUUCCGGUUCCGGUUGCGGGCCGCAGAAGACAUGGCGGCGUCUGCGUCGGCAGCUGCAGGGGAGGAGGACUGGGUCCUUCCCUCUGAAGUUGAAGUGUUAGAGUCUAUCUAUCUGGAUGAACUACAGGUGGUCAAAGGAAAUGGCAGAUCAUCAUCAUGGGAGAUCUGCAUCACCCUGCACCCCGCCACUGCAGAAGACCAGGAUUCACAGUAUGUCUGCUUCACUCUGGUGCUUCGGGUCCCAGCACAGUAUCCCCACGCGGUGCCACAGAUCUCUAUCCGUAACCCCCGAGGACUCUCAGAUGAACAGAUCCACAAGAUCUCACAGGCGCUGAGCCACAUGGCUGAGGCUGGGCUGGGUACUGCCAUGCUCUAUGAACUCAUCGAGAAAGGGAAGGAAAUUCUCACAGAUAACAACAUCCCCCAUGGCCAGUGCGUCAUCUGCCUCUAUGGUUUCCAGGAGAAGGAGGCCUUUACCAAAACCACCUGUUACCACUACUUCCACUGCCACUGCCUGGCUCGGUACAUCCAGCACAUGGAGCAGGAGCUGCAGGCCCAGGGGCGGGAGCAGGAACGGGAAUGGCAGCACGCCGCAACCAAACAGGCCGUUGGUGUGCAGUGCCCGGUGUGCAGAGAGCCACUCGUGUACGCUCUCGCCUCGCUGAAAGCAGCCCCUGAACCCCAGCAGCCCGUGGAGCUGUACCAGCCCGAUGCAGAGAGCUUGCGCCAGCAAGAAGAGCGCAAGAGGCUCUACCAGAGACAGCAGGAGAGGGGGGGCAUCAUUGACCUUGAGGCUGAGCGUAACCGGUACUUCAUCAGCCUCCAGCAGCCUCCUGCCCCUUUGGAACCCGAGUCAGCUGUAGAUGCCUCUGGAGGAUCCCACCCACCCAGUACCCUUGCCACAGAACAGUCCACCUCAUCAACUGCUCAGACCACCCUGUCAGCUUCUCUGCCUGUGGCCUCCCAGUACACAUGUGAGAAGAUUCCAGGGGCUGGGCCAAAUCAGCAAAAGCUGGGCGAGACCCAGAAAGCUAUGCUAGAUCCUCCCCGGGCCAGUCGAGGUCCCUGGAGACAAGCCGAACAGAGGCAUCUAAAAGGAGGGGAGUGCAAUGCCCUCAAAGGUACCAGUGACACCCAGGAACUGCCACCUCCUGAGGGGCCCCUCAAGGAGCCUAUGGACCUAAAGCCAGAGUCCCGUAACCAAGGGGUUGAAGGUCCUCCCCAAGAAAAGGGGCAUGGCAACUGGCAGGGUCCCCCGCCCCGCAGGACUCACGACUGUGCCCGCUGGGAGCGCUCCAAGGGUCGGACACCGGCUUCUUCCUACCGCCACCUGCCUCGGGGUCGGGGAGCCUACCGGCCUGGUCCUCGAAGGGAGCCCGUGAGCCUCGAACCGGAGGAUGGUUCCUAGCAGUACUGUGGGGGGUGGCGGGGGGACAAUAAAGAG